AUGGCGUUCGCUUCUGUACCCGCGCUCGACGUCCCGCCGUUCCAGCUUCAGCAACUCGUCCCUCUUGUAUUUGAUCAUGACGUCCCCGACUCAGGUCUUGGCUUCGGAAGUCCCGCACCUCAGAGCUCGGGAACUCCACAGGUAACCUGCGCGCAAGCCGUAGGUUCGGAAAUAUACGUUGGAUGCUCCGAUGGGACGUUACUGCGAUAUGCACUGCAGGCGAAUGGACCAGAUUCGCCAGAGUCGUAUACUCUACUUUCUCGGCAGACUCUCCCAACGAACAAGGCAAUAGAGGAGAUUGCGUUAUGCCCAAGUAUUUCGAGGGCUCUUAUCCUUAGCGACCAUCAAAUUCAUUUCUACAUCAUUCCCUCACUUGAUCCCGUACACCCAUCCAUCAUCCGACCAAUACGCAAUGUCAUCUCGUUCUCGGUGGACGAGCAACACAUGCGUCUUCCUCCGAAUACAGAACCGUAUCAGCAAAUUGAACCCAUCGAAUUCUGCGUGAUCAAACGGACGAAUAUUGCCAUGUACUCGUUGAAGGAGCGACUUGUUCAACAGAGAGAAGUCCCAAAUGCUCUUAGCAUCCGCUAUGGACGACGUAACGGUCGAUAUCUCUGUGCAGCAGAUGCCGAGAACUACGAUAUGAUUGACCUUAUGGCUGCUACCUCCUACCCUCUUCUUCCCUUUAACCAAGCACCAGAUAGCGACACUCCAACACGACCAUCGGUCACCCCGAUAAGCGACGAAGAGUUCCUAGUCACGAGCAAUAUGGGCCCUAGCGCAAUGGGCGUCUUCAUCACUGGCAAUGGUGAUCCCGUACGUGGCACGCUCGAAUGGACAAGUUAUCCUGUAUCGCUAUGCAUGGACUAUCCCUAUGUGGCUGCCCUCCUGCCAAACCACACCAUAGAGAUUCAUUCCAUUGAAACUCAGGUAGUCGUGCAGGUCAUACCGGACUCUAGUGCAUCUGAAGCACGCGCUAUCGUCCCUUCGCACACGGGAUUCCUAGUACCCUCUACUCAACGAACGGAUAAGCUAAAGCUUGUUACUAUUCGGCUUGACUCCGCUCUAUCAGAUAUAGACGUUAACUCUCUACCUCCCUCAAAAUCAUCUUCCCGGCCUCCUCUCUUCCCAAGGUCCAACGUCCUCGUCCUUUCUGAAAACUCGAUCCAGGCGUUACUCCCCUCAACCCUCAUUUCCCAAGCCGAAGCGCUAUUAGAAAGCCAUCGCAUAGAUGACGUAGUCGACCUCGCCGACCAAAGCCAGCGUAAGAUGCUCGGGAGCAACACGUCCGACGACGAGCUGGCAGACGAACUCCGCUAUGUCUACCAACGAAUCGGCUUCCUAUGUCUUUCGGAAACCCUUUUUGAGGAUGCAGGUCGACACCUCUUAGCAGGAGAGACGGACCCUCGAUUACUCGUUCGCUACUUCCCUGACCUGCGUGGGAACGUCCUGAACACCGCUCUGGACGUUGAUGUUUACGCGGGCAUCGCGGAACACCUUCCGCGCGCCGCGUCCAUAGAUGAAAUCGUCAUGGCCGACUUAGUGAAGAACUACGCGCCUCACAUCAAACCCGAUGUCGAAUCUGCUCCACCGACCGCCGAACUCAGGAGAGUGUUGAACGCGACAGCGAGGGAUAUGCUUGCUUCGUAUCUGAGAAAGUAUAGGACAAGGAGGUUAUUAGCGAGACCUGGCUCGCAACCGCAGAGUGCUUCUGUGAAUGCUGUCGUGGAUACUGUACUUGCGAAGAUCCUAGCUGAAACGGACGACACUACUGAGCUUUAUACGCUUGUUGAUGAGGCAAAUGAUAUCGUCGUCGAAGAAGUUGAAUCAACGUUCGAGAAGAACGGGCAGUACAACGCCUUGUGCAAGUUAUACGAGAAGGCUGGGAAUGAAGAGAAGCUCCUCGAGGCUUGGUCGAAACUGGCUGACGGAAUCUGGACAGACGAGGAUAUCAAGGAUCCACUGGCGAAAAUGACGGAACUGCUGAACAAGACUUCCAGUCGAGAGCAGGCACAACGAUGGGGUCUCUGGUUGACCGGAAAGGACCCUGAGAUCGGGUUGAAGCUUAUUAUAUCACGAGACUCAAAACGGGUAUCAAUUUCGGACGAGCUUUCUCUCCUGCAGAGGAUAAGAGAAUCGAGUGAUUCGGCUGGCGUUAGGUAUCUGGAGCACCUCGUGUUACAAAAGCGACGUCAGGACCGGAUUCUUCAUAGCCAACUUGUUGACGUUUACAUCGAUCAACUUCUCCAGUUCGUCACCGACGAGACUACCGCGAAGUUAUGGCGAGCAAAAGCUUCGUCAUAUGCAUCCAGCCACAACGACGUCCCAUUCCUUCUAUACUUCGCAUCUACGACCCCCGAAUCAGAGAGCCGAAAUACUCGAUUAAAAGCUGCGCUUCUUCUUCAAGGUUCCAAUUUAUACGACGUGGAGAAAGUACUCGCUCGAAUACGAGCACAAGAGAAGGUUCUUCGAAUCGAGAUGGCGAUCUUAUACGGCAAACUCGGCAGACACGAAGAAGCUAUCUCCACACUCGUACGCUCCGUACACGACCCAACGUCUGCAGAAGCGUACUGUACGCUCGGCGGAGACGUCAUCCCAGGUAAAGUCGCUUGGGCGAUUGGCGAGCGGUGUGGACUACAACGAUGGGCCGCGCUUGUCAGUGGUGUAGCACCUACCCUAGGUUCCAGCGCGUCUGCGUCUAGCAUGGGGAGUGGAGCGAAAGUUGCGGAUGAGGCGACGAGGAGGGAGUUGUUGAAGGUAUUGUUGGGUGUAUAUAUGAGUGGAGGUGAAUCCACCAUGAACCGGACUUCCCGUCUCCUCAACUCACAAGCUAUCAAUCUCGACGUUACGGACGUAAUCGACCUUGUCCCACCGAAAUGGCCACUCAAUACCAUGUCAUCUUUCCUCGCAUGUUCAUUGAGACGGACGUUACAUACUCGACAUGAGGGGCAGAUCAUCAAGGCGAUAAGCGCAGGCCAGAAUAUUGAGGUGGUCGACAACGCAUAUCAAACUCUCCGCGAAGCAGGUGCUGUCAUUGAAGAACCUCUCGAUUCGGACGAUGGUGACGACGAGAAUCACGAGUUGUUAGACGAAAAGGCCUCCCUUCUCAACCUCAGUCUAAACGCGUCUAGGCCUGAGCCCAUUCCUAGCACUAACGCGAACGGUGCCGAUGACGUUGCUGAGAUCCGUGUACAGAGCCACGAUAGUCGGGAUACUACAAGUACAAGUAGGAGUAACAGUGUUUUGAGAUAA